GCCGCCCGGUGCGGGGCGAUCGCGCCGCUUUUCUCGCUACAUUGUAUCCGCCGGCGGCGGAGAACAAUAGGCGCCGCCGCCGCCGCCCCCCGGCCCUGGGCGCCGCGGCCGCCCCCGCCCCCGCCGCGACCCCCGCGACCCUUCAUGCGCUUCCCCUGCCCCCGGGCGCGCCGGGCCUGGAACAGGACUGCCACUGUUGAGUCUGUGGGAAUAUGAAUCAGCAGCAGCAGAGAAUGGCUGCAGUUGGGACAGACAAAGAGCUCAGUGACCUGCUGGACUUCAGUAUGAUGUUUCCCCUGCCAGUGGCUAAUGGAAAAAACAGACCCACGACCCUAGCGAGCACUCAGUUUGGAGGAUCAGGCUUGGAUGAAAGACCGGGAUCAGGUUCCUGGGGAACGGGAGAUCAAAACAGCUCCGCGUUUGACCAAGGAAGGAGCUAUGGCGAAGGCCCCCACUACGGCGAGCACCGGGACAUGCCCUCCCACAACAGCAUCUCCUCGUCACCCUUCCUGGGAGCGGGACUCGUGGGGAAGAGCAGUGACAGAGCCUCGUACUCCACGUUUGGAAGAGACACAGGGAUGCCAGGACUAAACCAGGCCGGGUUCCUGCCCAGCGAGAUGGGAAUCGCCAGCCCGAGCACACUUUCCCCCACGGGGGGCAAAGGAGGGUCCCAGUAUUUCUCUUACCCCAACAAUCCUCGCAGGAGAGGUGCUGAGAGCAGCAUUGAUGGACAGCCCAAAAAGGUUCGGAAGGUGCCUCCUGGACUCCCCUCCUCGGUGUAUCCAUCCAACUCAGGUGAUGACUACAGCAGGGAUCCAGCUGGAUAUACUCCCUCAAAACCUCCCAGCACUGUGUAUCCUGGAGCCUUUUAUAUGGCAGAUGGACUCCAUAACUCGCCAGACCUGUGGAGUUCCCCGGGUGCCAUGAGCCAGUCGAGUUACGGUGCCAUGCUGGGCAGCUCCUCCUCCCCACUCCCACAGUCCAGUGGCUUCAACAGUUUACACCAGCACGAACGCAUGAACUACCAGCUGCAUUCCGGAGAGGUGAACGGGGGACUCCCCUCCGUGUCCGGCUUUUCCUCGGCCUCCACGCCCUACGGAGUGUCCAGUCACACGCCCCCGAUCAGCGGCACAGACAAUAUGAUGGGUAACAGAGGAACCACAGCCGGGAGCUCCGGAGACGCGCUCGGGAAGGCACUGGCCUCGAUUUACUCCCCUGAUCACUCUAGCAAUAACUUCUCCUCAAACCCCUCCACACCGGUCGGCUCCCCGCAGGGGCUUGCAGGCACGUCGCAGUGGCCGCGGGCGAGCGGAGCGGGUGCCUUAUCUCCCAGCUACGAAGGGAGCCUCCACACUUUGCAAAACAAAAUGGAAGACAGGUUGGACGAAGCCAUCCACGUGCUGAGGAACCACGCCGUGGGCCAGACCGCUGCCAUGCCCAGCAACCACGGGGACAUGCACGGGCUCCUGGGCUCAGCACCACCCCACAGUGCCGCCGUGGGCAGCCUGGGCCAGGCCUUCCCUGCCUCGGUCAUGGCCCUGGGCAACAGGCACCCGAGCCUGGUGGGAGGAGGUCACCCCGAAGACGGCUUGUCCAGCAACCCCAGCUUGCUCCACAACCACGUCACACUUCCAUCCCAGCCCAGCUCACUCCCCGACCUCAGCAGGCAGCAGGACACGUACAGCGCAGGUUUGUCCGGGGGGCUGGGCCGGAGCAGCGUCUCCUCGGGAACGAGCGAAAUAAAGAGGGAAGAGAAGGAGGACGAAGAGAACACAUCAGUGGCAGAUAACUCAGAGGAGGAGAAGAAGGAGCUGAAACCCUCUCGGAACAGAACAAGGUGCUCUUUGAACAGUCAAGAUGAGGAUGAGGAGGACGAUCUUCUUCCCCCAGAGCAAAAAGCCGAGAGAGAGAGAGAAAGGAGGGUCGCCAAUAAUGCCCGUGAGCGCCUGCGGGUCCGGGACAUCAACGAGGCCUUUAAAGAGCUCGGACGCAUGUGCCAACUGCACCUAAACAGCGAAAAACCGCAGACCAAACUGCUAAUCCUACACCAGGCCGUAUCAGUCAUACUGAACCUGGAGCAACAAGUUAGAGAGCGCAACCUGAACCCUAAAGCAGCCUGCUUGAAGCGUCGGGAAGAGGAGAAAGUGUCCGGAGUGGUAGGAGACCCCCAGAUGACACUUUCAGCUUCACAUCCUGGUCUAGGAGACGGUCACAACCCUGUUGGACACAUGUAAAGUUGUAGGUCUCCCUGUUCCUCUGGAUACAGAGAUCUGUAGGAAGAAAGCCCUCGGUGUGACCUGCAACCUUCUUGAACCAUGGACUGUAGUACUGCUCAUACUGACACACGCAGACGGAUCCUGGUGUGACGUAAGGGGUGGAAAAAAACACUUUUUGUCAAAAACAGAACGAAAACAAAAAAAUUGCCUUAAGUAUAAAGUGCAGAACAGUCAAUACAUAUCACUCAGUUAGGAGGGGGUGGCGUGUUCUCUUGGCUUGUUCACAAGCAGCCAGCAGCAAAAUUGUGCCUAAGCUUGAUAUUUCUUUUUUAAAAAAAAAGAACAUUAGUUAUGAGAUUUUUUAUGUAGAACAAAUAGCAAUGCCUUUUGGUUUUUUUUAGCUUCUUUUGCAUAUGUUUUGUAAGCGACGAAAGAAUUUUUUUUUGUAUAAAAACAUGUCUUGUACCCUCCGCUUUUCUGCUGCUGUUUCUAUAGUUAACGUUGCAUCUUUAGGAUCAACCAGAAUAUUAAAAUUGUAUUAAGAGAGACUGGAUAUAAAGAGAGGAAUUCUCAGAUUCGGCUCGGAAAGCCACUAAAAGCGAAUGUAGCCACAGCAAGGGGAUGUUCUUCCUUGCCUGGCUUGUACCUUCCAUGAUAAAAAAACAAACAAACUCAUGUGCUGAAUUCACCAUCUCUUUGCUUCGGCCACUUCUGAUUUGGGAAAAGGAAGUUAAGCAGCAAAGCAAGUGGCAGGAGUGCCCCUGCUCCUCCCGGGAGGCGACCGAGGUGCUCUGCAAGGUUUGCUUUGUUCCCGGAGAUCUGCUGUGGGAGAGGAGGUGCCCCACGGCUGUCCCGGAGCUGCUGGGAGGGAGCAGGGGUGGAAGAGAUCCAGGGACUGGGGCACUUCCAGGCAAAGCGGAGCAGGAACACGGAUGCAUGAGGAAAGCCCGAGGUGGAGGGAAGCGCCCCUUCCCCACACGCCAGAGCUGUUGGAGGCACUUCCAGGAGCAGCGCUGAACAAAGACCAAGUGAACAAAGCUGGAGCACUGGGAAGAGGUGGAGGCAGCAGCGGGAUGUGGGGCCAGGCAGCCCCGUAUCUGGGGCAGGAAGGGAGCAGUGACCUGGCUCACUCCAGCCCUGGGCAAGCCACGACCAGCAGCAGGAUCCCUUCUCCCUGCACUGGAGUCACCACCAUUGGAAGUGGAAAACGCUGCAGGCUCGGGGAGAGGAGCUUCACACUCCACUGUCACCUCCUGUCACAUCUCCAGGGCAUCCUUGGAGGCAAACUGAGCUCGGCAUGGGCUUCCCGUGGGGAUGUGAGUGGUAACUUCACCUGCCUGUGGGCUCCUCUCUCCGUGCUGGGAAGGAGGGAAGCGGGAGCACCCGCCCUGCACGACGUGCUCCAGCAGCCAAGCUGGGCCAGCCAUCCCUCACUCCCAAGGAUUCCCAGUGUUGCUCCAGCCGCUCCAGAGUGCUCAGCAGGAGGAAGAUCCCUGGCAGCCCCACUGGGUGCCCCGGAGGUGUGGAGCAAACGAAGAGGUGCUGGGCAGUGCUGAGCUGCAGCAGCCGUUCUGGAGAUGGCCACGGAAAAACAUCCACCGGGAAUUUACUCGUUUCUUCCCUCUCCUUCCCCUUCUGAAACAUUUUGUGCCUGGUUCUUCCCAGCUCUGCAGGCGGAUGGGGCAGUUCCCCAGGGAGUGUGACAUCUGGAAUGCUCUUGGACUGGGGCCACAGCUGCCCAGAUGUGCCUGGCAGAGCCCAGUCAGACAGGACAGUGCACGGGACACGGGUGCUGGCUGGGGGGGGACGUGGGGACAAUGAGGAUGGUUGGACCCCCCCUCUCCCCCACAGGGUCCAUCUCUCCCCUCUGCUGCUCCAGCCUUUGCUCCUGGGGAAGCUGUGCUGCUUUGGGAAAGGGAAGGACUGGCAAACAGGAUUGGGUCCCGGGCUUUGGCAUAACCUCCUGGUGCUCCUCUGUGCUCGUGGCUGCACUUUGUGCUCUGGCAAACCCUGCUGGAAGUGCUUAUCUCCCUCCUCACCUGGGCACUGUGGCCUCAGCUCCUGCAGCAUCUCUGAGAGGAGCCAGUCCAAGUGCCAGGGCAGCAUUGGGACUGUCCCUGCUGCCCCUGGCACUGCCUUGGGGCUCCACAGCAUCCAACCUUAGCUCUGAAGCUUUUGGGUGCUCCUGGCUUUCCCCAGCUUGCUGCUCCCACCAUUCCUUCUGUGUGGGGAGACCUGAGACCACAGCAGCCCCCAGCUGUGUCCCCAGGAAAGCCAGGAAAAGUCAGCAGUUCCAGCAGCCCAGGCUCUUCUUGCCUGUGUCAACAGACACAUUUCAGCCUAAUUAGCUUGCCAGGUUUAUGACACUUCACUCCUUUGGGUUCUUCUGGCUGCUGAAGCACAGGGCAGUGAGAUGGAUGAGGUUUCCCUCCAUGUGUGACACUCCUUGACUCCCGUUCAUGCUCUGGGGUACAAAUCUGGGGGCUCAGCACCUGCUUUUUGCAGCUGUGAGAGGUGGCUUCAUCCCGUGGAGAAUUCCUGCUCCAUGGGUGGGACAGUGAUGGGGCUGCAGGGCUUUCACUGCUCAGGGUUUUCAGCUGGCUCAGUGCCCCUGCCCCAGGAGUGGAAGGGAUGGAGCAGUGUCCCAGGACUGGGAGGGAUGGAACAGUGUCCCAGAUCUGGCAAGCCUGAAACCCUACAAAAAAAUUUAAAGUGCUUCCCAAACCCUUUGAUUUUGCCACAAGAAAUGAAGGUGGCAGUCACGGUCAACUGGAUUAAAGAGACUAGUCAGGAAAAAUCCAGGAACUCAACAAAAUUGGAAAUUUGAGAAGAUUUAUGAGUUAUUCAAAAUUUUGCUGAACUUCUUCAUCCUCUCCAAGUCCUGCAGGCCAGGGGGGAUUCCUGAUGAGCCAGAGCCUUUCCCACCAUCCCCAAACUCCCAGGCAUUGCAACAGAGAUGGGGCUUUUCAGCUGCAUUUCAGUGGUUGAGAUGCUGUUUUCUUGACAGCAAAUCCAGGCAACUUCCUUCCUUGGCAAGGCCUGGAUGAAGAUCCUUGAGCAUAAACCCUCGGAGCCAGGGUUUGGAGGAGAUCUUGGUUCCUCCAGCUCAAAAGCACAAUGUGGGGGUGGCACUGCUGUGCCAUCUCAAUGGCACAGCUUUGUGUGCCAGCCCAGUGUGGCCUCGGUGGCAUCUCUGCUUUCCAGGUGCUCACGGAGCAGUUGGGAGGUGCAGCAAGGAAAAAUUCCUUUGGCUUCCCAGUGUGUUUGGUUCGGUGUGAAUGUGGUGCCUGUAACCUGCCAGGGAAAGUGGCUUUUCUGAAAACGAGCACUAUCAGGUGCAGUCCCCAAAAUACCACCCUGAACUGUCACCCUGUAGCAGUGAAACUCUUUUCUUUAGGUGUCAUGGUCACUGAGGGACAGGUCAGGGCUGUGCUGGCAUUCCACUUGGGAUCUUACAGAUCCCCAAACCUGCUUCUCUGCCUGCCUUCAUGUCCCCCACACCCGUGGUGCUGCCAAGAGAGGUGUCCCAGGUGGGUGACAGACUGCAGGGUGCCAUUUAUUCAGUUUUCUGCUUCCUCUCCUUGCAUGCACAAGUGCUGCUAGGCCAUGUGCCCGUCCUUGUCGGGGGCCACAGAGCCCCCCCAAAGCUUCCAUCGUCAGAUAGGGAAUCAAGGGGCUGCCUUCCCCUCUGUGCAGCUUCUAGUUUCUCUUUUCCCAGGCUGCAUCCCAGUCAAGCAGCAGAACUGGGUUCCCAUCUGCCUUGGGACACUCCUUGUGUGGCAGGGACAGUCCUGGAGUGCAGUCCCGGGGUCCCCAGCCCCGGGGGUCUGCUCUGUUCCCCCCCCCAGCCAGCCCCCUGCCUCCCUACAUGAGCUGUUCAUGCCACGGUGCUGAGGAGUGUCUGGAAUCCAGUUUAUUAACAGGAAGAUUGCAGAUUUUUGUUCUUUCUCCCUUUCACCUGCUUUUGCCCCAGAGCAAAGGAGCUGCAGCCUCCCCGAGCCUUCACCUCCCUGGGCUCAUGCUGGGGCAGUGGUGUCAGCCUGCCUGCUCCUGCUGCUGCUGCUGCUGCUCACAGCCCAGGGAGCAGAAUUCCAGCUGUUUGCAGCCACCUCCCUGCCACGACCCCCCAGUCAGACCAACUCAUAGCAACUGCAGUUCCAGGGUCAGUGCAGAACCUGCUCUCGAAGGUCCUUUGUGUCCCCCCAGUGUCCCCACUGAAGCCAGCAGAACCUUUGGGCCCUAGGCCCUCACGGAGUGAUUCCUCACAUCCUCCCCUCAGCAGGUUGGGGGGCCUUGAGAAACAAGAGGCUUUGGAACCCCCAAGCCCUGCACCCCCUGAGCUUUGCUGCCCUUCCUGCAGCGCUGGCUAACCCAGAGCAAGCCAUGGCCACUGGACUCCCCCGUUCCUGCCCAACACCAGCAAUAGCAAGGCCUGUUUUCUGUCCCCCAAGCUUGCACAAGGUCUUUGCCCUGUUAAAUCCUAUGCAACCCCCUCUCCUCUCACCAGGACUCUCCAGAUCCCAGCCCAGCCCAUUCUCUCUGCUCUUCUCCCAUGACUGCUGAAUUCUCCCUCCCUGCUGCUCUCAGAGUCCAGCUUCAUUUCUAGCAGCUCCAAGAGCAUUCCAAGUCCUGUGCCCUGGAGCUGGGAGGGGGCAGAUGAGGGCUGAGACAGCAGGAACACCUCUUCCAAGUCAUUCUGUGGGAGCUGAGCACUGAAUUGGAGGGGGCAAGGCCUGGUGCUGGGGCCCCUCCACACCUCCUUCACCCUCCCGUGCCUUCUGCUCACUCCAUCCUUCAUCCCCCGUGCCCUGAAGGGAGAAGUUGAGUCCCACCGUGUUGCUGCCCAGACUGUUCUCUUAGCACCUGAACCUCAGGCUUGGCUUGGCCGCUCUCCCUUCAGCCCCCCAAGCCUGAAGGAGUGUUUCCCUGUCUCCCCUGCUCCUCAGUCUCUCCAGCCAGCACCUCUGAGCUGUUUCCCUUAGCAGUGGGGCAUCAGCUGGGGUGGAGGCAGGAGGAUUCGGGAGGUCAGUCCCAUGGCAUGGCUGCCUCUCCCUGCCUUUGGGGCAGGUGGGGGGGAUCUGGUGCUCUGUACUUGGAUUUUCAGGGCAAUUCAGCCCUUCCUGGGAGCCAGCACUGCCAUGCCUUGGCCUGCAGGACUCCCACAGGAGGCUGGGCUCCGGUUAGGAGGGUGGUGCAGGCUCCAGGUGUUCUGCCAAACCUUUUGUGCCCAUCCUGCAGCCUAGCCCAGGAGGCAGUCCUGCCAUGGCUCUCCAUGCUGGCAUUACUGUUCCCCUGGUUUUGUCCAUCUCCUGCUCCCUGGGGCUCUCAGUUCCCACCCUGGCCCAGCCAAGCACCUGCCAUGAUGGAGGGCAAACAGUUUGACGCUCACCCUGGUACAUCUCGGCUCAGCUGUGGCACCAGCACAGGAGAGCAAAGGGGUUUUUUGCUUCCAAACGGGAUGUUCUGGUACCAAGAGCAUCCCCAUGCCCUGCACCCCUGGGCUGUGCUUAGGGGAGCCGUGGUGCUCCUCGAGGCAGCAAGCUGGGACACCACAGGUGUGCCAUCCAUGUCUUCCCAAAUCACUUGAACCCACCAGCUGUGGAGCAAACCUUGUAACGUGGGGCCUCUUGGGCAGGGAAGGAGCCAGGGGAAGCCUUGCACCAGCCGUGGUUACUGUGCCAGGAGAGGGGAGAGGGGAAAGAGGCACCUGGAGAGGCAGGACAGGGAUGAUCCCAACCCCCUGCUGGGGAAUGACCCAUCGGGUGUGGAGGGUUCCAGCUCUUGGGAAUGACCUGUUGGGUGUGGAGGGCUCCAGCUGGGGAAACAAAGCAUUCCUGGGAUGCUCUUUCUCUAUAUUUUUGUAGGAUGGGGGGUGGGAGAGCAGAUGGGAGAUGCCUGCGGAAGUUGUUUAUUUUUAACCCUGGUUGGUUUUGGUUUUUGGCCUUUAAAAAAAAAAAAAAAUGGUCCUUGCUUUUGAUGUUUAUGCUGCCUACCUGUAAAUCCAGAUGUACUUAAGUGGCUGAAAUCCUUGUUCUUAAAUCAGAUACACAUUAUAGUUUUGAACUAUAUAUAUAGUAAAUAUAUAUAUAUAUAUGCCUAACCCAGCAAAAAAAAAAAAAAUAAAGUAUUUGGGGGUGGGAAAUGCGUUGCUCUUUGAAAUGAAUCACAAUUGGGGGAUGAAAUUGUGUUUCUGAGUGCCUCAAGAUAUGAAUUGUUUUCAUUUUUUUAAAUAAUUUUAUACAAGUGUCAAAACAGCUGGCUGGAUUAUUUGGAAUUUUUAAAUAAUCCUAACUUUUUUAAAGUAGAUUUUGAGAACUGUCCUGUAUAUAACAGUAAUGUAGCAAUAAAUGUGACAUUUUAUAACAAUA